AUGAUAUCUACCAGCGACGUUGCAGAGUUCGCAGCAAAGUUGCCCCAUGACAACCGCAUCGAGGCCGGGUCCGUCAACAUCUUGCCAGCCGAUUUUCCAGUGUCAGUGCUUCCCGGAGAUGCCGAGCCUGUGAAGGUUGCAGCGAAUGUGGUUGCAAAUAUCAACGAUCGUUUGACGACGGGUGACUAUGACGGCCUGGCGGCUUUGUUCGCCAACCAGGGCGCGUGGCGAGACCAUUUAGGCCUGUCAUGGGACUUGCGAACGCUUCAAGGGCCCGCCAAAAUCGCCGAAUUCCUGUGGGCUAGCGGCCACGGCACCAGCCUGAAGAACGUGCGCUUGGAUGAAUCGGCGCCGAAUCGGACGCCCGCCAUUGCGGGUCUGGAUCCGGACGGAAGGGUUCCGUGCGUCCUGCUGUAUGUAACAUUUGCAGCCAAGGUGGGAAGCGGUCGGGGUAUCAUCCGUAUGAUUCACGAUGGCUCUACAUGGAAAAUCAUCACGUUUUACACGGCGCUGAGGGAGCUGACCGGCUUCGAGGAACCUCUGGGGGACCGGCGGCCGCAGGGCGCAAGCCAUGGGGGUGGUCGCAAUAUGCGAAAUUGGGCUGAGCAGCGUGCCGAUGAUGAGAGUUUUGUGAACAGAGAUCCGGCUGUUCUGGUAAUAGGCGCGGGACAGGGCGGGCUUACAUCGGCAGCACGGUUGCGUAUGCUGCAGGUACCGACGCUCGUGGUAGACCGUGAGCAGCGCGUUGGUGAUAACUGGCGUGGCCGCUACCGUCAGCUGGUGCUGCAUGACCCCGUCUGGUAUGACCAUCUGCCGUACCUGGAGUUCCCGUCCUUCUGGCCCGUGUUUACGCCCAAAGAUAAGCUCGCCGAUUUCUUCGAGUCGUAUGUUCGCCUGCUGGAACUCAACGUAUGGACUCACACCGAGGUCAAGUCGUUGCAGUACGAUGCGGCCAAGAAGCGCUACGACGUCACGUUGCGGCGACAGCACGUUGGCGCCGAUGGCACGACCCCUGCGACCGAGACACGAACGUUCCACCCACGUCACGUGAUACAGGCUACCGGCCAUUCUGGCAAGAAAAAUAUACCAGGAGUGCCAGGCAUGGACGCGUUUGUCGGACGUCUGUGGCAUAGCUCCGAGUUCCCUGGGGCAACGCCACAGCCGGAGACAACGAACAAAGCGACUACGAAGCGGCGUGCCGUGGUGGUCGGGGCCUGCAACUCUGGUCAUGACAUCGCGCAGGACUUUUACGAGAAUGGUUACGAUGUGACCAUCGUGCAGCGCUCGUCCACGUACGUUGUCAGUUCCAAGGCCAUCGUGAACAUCGGGCUGGGUGGACUGUACUCGGAGGCGGCGCAGCGCCGCGUCCCGUGCGACGACGCGGACCUGCUGCUGUGGAGCCGACCGACGGCGCUGGCUAAGGCGGCAGAUGUGCAGGUGGCGCAACGGUCAGCCGAGCACGACGCGGACUUGCUACAGAAGCUGCAGGCUGUCGGCUUCCGGCUGGACCGUGGCACCAACGGUGCCGGGCUUAUGUACAAGUACUUCCAGCGCGGCGGCGGCUACUACAUCGACGUCGGCGCCAGCCAGCUGGUGGUCGAGGGCAAAAUCAAGAUCCGGUCGGGUCAGGAGGUCACUAAAGUGCUAUCCGACGGGCUGGUCCUCGCUGACGGCACGCACCUGCCGGCUGACGAAAUUGUCUUUGCCACGGGCUACCAGAACAUGCGUACCCAGACGAGCCUACUGUUCGGUGACGCUCUGGCAGACCGCUGUAGUGACGUGUGGGGAUUUGACAGCGAGGGUGAGUUCCGCACAAUGUGGCGGCGCAGCGGCCAGCCAGGCUUCUGGUUCAUGGGCGGCAAUUUGGCCCUCUCACGGCAUUUCAGCCGCUUUCUCGCGUUGCAGAUCAAGGCCCAGGAGGAGGGACUAUCGGCGUAUGAAUAG